AGGGACAAUUGCAUCUUCUUGUUCUUUGUUCUCCUGUUCAUUUUCUUCAAGAUUUCAAAACCCCAUUUCAUAUUUAGCAGAAAUGAGGUGACCCUUUUCGUUUCAGCUCAAGAUUUGCUUAUCUGAAGUUGAAAUCUGGUGUUUCUUGUAGUUUUGGGUAAUGGGUAUUUGUUUUCUUGACUUUUAUUUAAGAUUUAGUUUGUAUUGUUUUGCUCUUUCUCUCAUAAAGUUUUGAUUUUUAGUUAACUUAGUGUGUCAUUUGUUGAGCUUAGAUUAAUAUAUGCUUGCAAGAAUGUUUGGAAUGGUCAGAAAUUGAGAUUCUGCUGUGAUUGGUUGCAAAAUUUUCCAAAAGAACUGAUUUUUUCUGUGGUUUUGAGGUAGCUUGGACUUGUACUAUGAGCACAUGAACUAGUUUGGAGUAUUUAUUUCAUGUUCUGAUAUGAGUUUGAGCUAUGUAUACUUUUAGAAGUUGUGUUGAUAUGGUCUAAAUAUGCACUAUUUGUUAGACAGCGAAGUAUAUAUGCACCACUUUUUUAACGAGUGGUAAAUCGUAAAGUUGAGGGGGUAUAUUUGCCCCUUUUCCUUUGAUUUAAGUUGGAAAGGACCUCUAGGAUUAGUUGUGGUUGCCAGUUGGAGUAUUGAAGGUAAAAGUUGGAUAAUUCUGGCAAGAGGGUGUUUUAUAAGAGACCAAAGGAUCAUUUGAUUUGUUGUAAUGGCUUCAAUUAGAAGAGCAUUGUCCCCAGUGCCUCGUCCGGGAGAUAGAACUAAUGGGGAAGCAUGUUUUGUUUCCUCGCCAUUGUCUAAGUCAUCGUUGUGUAAUCAAAGUUAUACACCGCCUGAAGGGUUGAUGUCUUCUUGUUUUGGUUCAUUGGAUUAUGUAUUCUACAAAGUUCGGACAUUUGUACUUGGUCUUUUGUCGCGAAGAACAUCUAGGCCCUUGGAGAAGUCAAAGUUAAAGGGACAAAUUUGGAGGAGAGCAUUUAUCCAAUUCUUUAUGUGCUUUGUUGUUGGAGUUCUUAUUGGCCUUGCACCAUUUGUUUCUCUGAAUUUUUCACCCAAUAUAAUGUCUAAACAUCAACCUUUAUCCUUUGAGGUCGUCCACCCUUACGAAAAUGAUCGUGUAUUUGACGAUGUGUCUAGAAAUAUGACAUCAACUUUAAACAGUUCGGAUUUCCUGGAUAAUUCUACGUCCGAGCCUAACUUAGUAUACGAUGAAGUGAAAGAUGAUAUUGUUGUCAAUGCGUUUGUUAACCAAUCACUUGAUCAAGAAUUUAUAUUGUCCAGAAAACUUUUGAUCAUUGUGACACCAACAGAAGCCCAUUCAUUUCAAGCGUACAAUCUUAACCGUUUGGCCCACACAUUAAAAUUAGUCCCGCCUCCUUUGCUGUGGAUAGUUGUGGAGAUGGACUCUCAAUCAAUCGAGACAGCUGAUAUAUUGAGGGGUGCUGGAGUUAUGUACAGGCAUCUCGUAUGCAAGAGGAACUUGACUGAAGUAAAAGAUAACAGUGUGCACCUAAGGAAUAUGGCACUAACACACAUUGAAACACACCGUCUUGAUGGGAUUGUUUACUUUGCAGAUAAUUCCAACAUAUACUCCCUAGAUGUCUUUGAACAAAUGAGACAGAUCAGCCGGUUCGGGACAUGGGUUGUGGCAAGACUAGCUGAAAAUAAUAGGAAAGUUAUCUUGCAGGGUCCAAUCUGUAAUGGCUCUCAGGUUAUAGGUUGGCAUCCCAAUGGAAUGGCAAAAAGGUUCCAAAGAUUCGAUGCUGAAAUAUCAGGAUUUGCAUUCAUUAGUACAAUACUUUGGGAUCCAAAGAGGUGGAACCGACCAACACUAGAGCCCAUCAGGCAGCUUGAUAUAGUUGAAGCUGGCAUCCAAGUGAGCACAUUUAUCGAACAAGUUGUGGAAGAUGAGAGCCAAAUGGAAGUCUUUCCAAUGCACUGCUCAAGAAUUAUGGUUUGGCAAUUCAAUACAGAACUGCUUUAUCCAUACCCUCGUGAGUGGUGGUCAAAGAAUUAUCCAGGCACUAUUGCUGCUAGCGCGUGAAUGUUGACAUAGAGAGUGCUUCUUCAGGGUAAACAAGGGAGAACUGGUUAUGAUUAUGAGCUCAUGGUUAAUUUCAGAACUAUUUUCUCUGUCUGAAUCCGCGUAGAAGUAUCUUGUUACGGAAACAAUUCUGUACAGUUGCUGAGUUCAUCCCACUUUACACGUCUGGCUACGAGUGGAAAGCCACAAUUAGCCAGGUGGUUUGCAAACUGAUUGGUGAGCAUUCAUGGUCAUCUACACAAAUGUAGAGUUCCAAGUAUCCGGUCAAUUAUUUCGACUGAAGCUUUUCAUUAUACAACCAACUUAAUAGUUCAAUGAAGGAUUCAACCUCAUUGAGCUUUCAAAUUAGUUGCUAGACUUGUGCAUAUAACAAUGUUACUGGAAAGUAGAUUCUUUAUGGCUGAUAUUUAUGCAAGUAAAAUUUCAUUCUUGUCAA